CUCGAUAAAGAGGCUUGAUGGAUGGAUAACCUCACUUACAACUUACACUUACACGCUCAUUUCAUCUUAUCUCAUCUCAAGUCUAAGUAACUUGAGUAGAUCAACAGCUAUUAGCUGAGACUAAGAUCAAUUCAAUGAGGCAAAUUUUAUAACAAGUCUUCUACAACCAUGCUUCCCAGGCUUCCCCUUUUCCAAUUAACAAGGCUGUGCUCCCUAUCCCGCCAAACCACCAAAUUCCAACACAACUAUCUCUCCCCCCCGGUCCCGGUCCGGUCCAUAUCAACCACGCCCGCUCCGCAAUAUGCCGCUGCGCGGAUCAAGGUCCCGGUCGUCCCACACCGGGACUCCUUCAUCAGCAAAACCCGCUUCACGCAAGCGGACAUCCCGGACCUCUCCUUCUGGCUCAACCACGCCGUCCCGCCCUUAGUCCCCAACGGCGAAGUCACGCCGGCCCAGUGCCUCGAGGCGUGCGCGCGGUACGUCGCGCUCGCCACCGAGAACGCGCCGGGUUGGCAGAAGCGGCACCUCUCCGUAACCGCGACGUCCCCCGUCGUCGGCAGCGCAGGCGACAACGGGGGCAAGAUCCCCUUCUUCACGCUGCACUACGCGGCCGUGACUCUGCUGCUCUUCGCCGACACUCGUCCGUGCUACAGCCUGGUGCUGCACAUCCUGACCACGGGCGCGGCCCUGGGCUACGCCCCCUCGGUGCUGGACCUCGCGCGCAUCGCCCACCGGGGCGGCUCGCUGCAUAAACCGCAGUUCGAGCGCGCGCGGGAGGGCCUCGCGCGGCUCGUCGCCGCCGUUAACAACGAUCCAACCUACGGCCGCGAGUACCGCCUCGACACGCUCACGCUCGCGGCCCAGAUCCAGCUCUCCGAGUCCAACACGCGCGCGUCCACGGACCGCGCCGUCCGCCUGCUCGAAGAGGCUUUCAAGACGCAUGCCGCUGCGGCGGCGGCGGCGGCGGAAGGGGAAAAGAAGAAUACCAUGCCCACGCCCACCACACCUAUCUGGGAGUGGCGGACAACCGCCGUGCUGACGCUCAGCCAGAUCUACCUCGAGCGGAAGCAAGUCUCGCGCGCGCGGGACCUGCUCGGGGGCGCGGCCGCCGCGCUGGACCAGCCGGAGGUGUAUUUCCGGUACGCGAUGCUGCUGGAGCCGUCGGACCCGCGGCGGCGGGAGCUGGUGCAGAAGGCGGCCGUCAGCGGGGUGGAGGAGGCGGCGCGGGAGAUGGCGCGGCAGACGAGGGCGAGCUUGAAGGAAGAAGAAGAAGAAGAAGGGCUGAGCGGCUGGGAGCGGAAGGCCAGGGAGGCGAUUGCGUACGAAUGGGCUGCGAUCGCGGGGGACGAGGCUAUCCUCGAGUGAUUUUCACCACCUAUGUUGUCUCCGCAAAUGUUAUUCGAUAUAUGUAUGUAUGUAUGUAUGUAUGUGUGUGUGUGUGUGUGUGCGCACUGAAGUAGAGAAAACGCCCAACGCAUAGACGUGUACUGAAAAAGUCAAGAAGGGUUUUGCUAUGUAUAAUAGGUUAGGUAGCUAUACUAGGACAAGAUGAGAUGAGAUUAUUUCGGGUAUGAAUGGAAUAGGGGAAUGAUGAACCACCAUCACACGAUACAUACUCAGCUAUCAACUCAAUACGCCGAUCCUAGAGAUUCAAGUCUUACCUAUGAAAACUGUGGGUAGGUGAUCAGCGAAGCCCUGCAGCGACAUAGUAGGGCACAGUCAACAGAUACCAGACUCAAGUUCUUCGGAUCAGUCAAUUUCGCCUGUCUCUAAAAUUAAAUCUGCGCAUAUUGGAUCGGGUUAACAACCCAAUGCUCGCUGAUAUCUGACUACUGUCGACCCUUAAUAUAUAUAUUGAAUGCCUA